UCCAGACAGGUUUUGUUUCUCAGGAUAAGAGAUAACAAUAAUAGAAAAAUAUCUCUUUAGUUCGACUAGACUAGAAGAUAAACAUGUGGAAAGAAAUAUUAAUAGUGUUAGCUAUUUCUUGUGCAGUUGCCACCGCUUCGAAGGAUGAGUGCAGGCAUGAUUCACAGUGCGGUUCAGAUGAAUGUUGUUAUUACCACGAAGGUCCAUUAAUACCUAGUAAGAAAAGACAGAGUAUUUUCUUUCCUGAACCUGUCACCGUACCAAUAAUGUUUCAAGGUGGAUGGUGUGAAAAAUACAAGAAACAAGGUGAAUACUGUUAUUACUUUAGCAAGAUGAAUGGACACUGUGAUUGCGGAGCUGGACUUAAGUGCACUUACAUAGCAGAUCCUACAAUGCCACCAAUGACCCCAUCUGGAGUAAUGACAGCAGAACACAAGCGAAUGGUGUUAUUUGGUGGACACACUGAAUGCCAACCAAUACCUUCAACAUAAGAAUAAAACAUAUUAAUAUA